GCCAUGAGCCAGCAGAGGCUGCAGAGCCUGCGGGAACGCGUCCGCUCCUUCCCGGACUUCCCCGAACCCGGAGUGCUGUUCCGAGAUAUCAGCCCCUUGCUGAAGGAUCCUGUGGCGUUCAGGACUUUGAUUGAUCUUCUGGAGGAUCAUGUGAGGGCAUCUUUCCCUAAAGUCGACCUCAUCGUGGGCCUGGACUCCCGUGGCUUCCUCAUCGGGCCCCCCCUGGCACAGAGGUUGGGGAUCGGCUUCGUGCCCGUGCGCAAGAAGGGGAAACUGCCUGGUGCCACCCAGAGCAUCUCCUACAGCCUGGAAUAUGGCAAGGCUGAACUGGAAAUCCAGAACGAUGCUGUGGAGCCAGGACAGAAAGUGGUGAUUGUGGAUGACCUGCUGGCAACUGGAGGUACUAUGUGUGCUGCCUACGAGCUGCUCAAGAGGCUGAAGGCUGAAAUCCUGGAGUGCCUGGUGAUCAUAGAGCUAAAAGCCCUGAAAGGGUCAGAAAAGCUCAAUUCCGUCCCUUUCUACUCCCUGCUGCAGUAUGACUGAGGAGGAGCAGGGAGAAGGGAGCACUGGGAACAAAUCUGGGGAUUUAUUCAGUGACUCUGGACGUCACAAGGGGUUGGGAAAGGGGGUUAAACACAGGUUUUAAUCAUGGCCAGAUGCUCUUCAGUCCUAAAUUUCCCAAGCACUGUGUGGAGUGUAAUGAUCCCUUUUGGGGUUCAUCCUUUUGGGCAGAAGGAACAGGCUGAUUUUUUAGGGGGGUGGAGACCAAGAUGCAGCUUCACUGAGGCUGUGUUUUUUAGGAGACCAAAGUGAUGACAUUGCUGCUGAGGCCAGGAGAGCUCUGACAGGGCACCAGCAUUCCCUGGGCUGGGCCUGUCAGCCUCCAAGGAACCUGCUAAAAAAUUCCCAAAGAAC